AUGGAAGAGACUAUCAAAGUCAAUGAGCAGCUUAAGCCUGCACUUAAGCCGUUGUGCGUCCCCAAGCGGCUUCUUCUUGGUCCGGGACCCUCGGGUUCAUACCCUGAAGUGCUGCGUGCCAUGGGGUCACCGGCUGUUGGCUACCUAGAUCCAGCGUUCAUCGAGGUUAUGCAGGAAAUCCAGGCUCUGUUGCGGUACGUGUGGCAAACGACUAAUGAAACAACCAUCUGCAUCAGCGGAACGGGCUCUGCCGCGAUGGAGGCCUGCGUUGCUAACACUGUGGAAAGAAACGACGUCGUUCUUGUUGCUGUGUGUGGGUACUUCGGCAACCGUUUGGUCGACAUGGCUGAGCGCUACGGCGCAGACGUCCGAGUCAUCAACAAGCCUUGGGGCCAGGUUUUCACCUGCCAGGAAAUUCGCGAAGCUCUUGAGAAGCACAGACCCCGGGUUCUCGCGAUGGUUCACGUGGAGACGUCUACUGGUGUCGUGCAACCCAUGGAAGGAAUUGGCGCGUUGUGCCGUGAGUAUGAUUCGCUGCUGCUCCUUGAUACCGUGACCAGUCUGGGAGGCGUUCCUAUCCAUCUCGAUGCAUGGGGAGUGGAUCUUGCUUACAGCUGCAGUCAGAAAGGAUUAAGCGCGAGUCCCGGAGCUUCGCCUCUCACCGUCGGGCCCCGCGCUCUCGAAAAGAUGCGUGCGCGCCGUGGAAAGGUCGCGAACUGGUAUUUGGAUCUUACCCUCUUGGAGAAAUACUGGGGUCCCGCACGUCAGUACCACCAUACCGCAUCGAUGGCGUGCUACUAUGGCUUGCGUGAGGCUCUCCGUGUAAUCGCGGAGGAAGGGAUGUCGGCCUGCUGGCAACGCCACGCUGAGAACGCAGAGUACUUGUGGUCGGAGCUUGAGAAGCUGGGCUUGACAAUGCAUGUAGAGAAACCCUGGAGGGCGCCUACUCUGACUACCGUGCGCAUUCCAGAUGGCAUCGACGGAAAAGCCCUUGCGAAGAAGUUACUGGAGGAAGAGCAAAUAGAAAUCGGAAAUGGAAUCGGCGACCUUGCGGGCAAGGUCUGGCGCGUCGGCCUCAUGGGUUACAACAGCCGGCGUGAAACAGUGGAUAAGUUCAUUGCCGCUUUUGCCAAAGUUCUGGACUGA